GCCAUAAAAUUCUAAUAGAAGCAUUUUACCAAACUCAAUUUAAUUCAAUUGUGAAUGGCAACAACCACUAGAUUAUUGUUGCGUUCCUCUAAGCCAAUUCAACUUGCUCCUUCUCCUCCUUCUUCUUCUUCUAAUUCGUUGUACAUGAAAUGUGUACGGUACCAAAAUAUGGCUAGUUUGAAUGAAAAUCAUCAUAACAUAGGUUCUGUGAAGGGAGAAAGAAAACCAGUGGGGGCUGUGAAGGCAACUAUCGCUACCACCAACCACAUAACCACGUCAAAACCAGUGAUUCAACAAGGUUUGUCAGAUUUAGCUACUUUGAUAGCAAGUAUUCGCAACGCUGUUUUGGUUUUUUUGAGGACUACUUUUGUCAAAAGGAAGCCACGCAAUUUAAGACCACAGAUGCUCAUUGAAAAGGCAAUAAUCGAUUGCAGAUUUUUUACGCUGUUCGCAGUUGCAGGAUCUUUAAUUGGUUCGGUGUUGUGUUUUGUUGAGGGUUGCCUUCUAGUUAUCGAAUCAUACGCGCAUUAUUUCCAUAUGUUAUCUCAAAGGUUGGAUCAAGGACAUCUUGUGCAUCUACUCAUCGAAGCCAUAGACUCGUUUCUGAUGGGUACUGCCUUGCUCAUUUUUGGGGUCGGUAUUUACGUUAUGUUUGUGGGGUCAAGCACUACUAGUAAAGAAACACAACCACAGCUUUGUGGAUCAAAUUUGCUCGGUCUCUUUUAUAUGAAGUCACCCCCUCGAUGGGUAGGGAUGCAAUCAAUUGCACAGGCAAAGUCCAAGAUUGGGCAUGCAGUGAUGAUGAUUCUUCAGGUGGGACUGUUAGACAAGUUCAAAGACAUUCCCUUAGUCACAGGCCUUGAUCUUGCUUGCUUCGCUGCUGCUGUACUCACAUCCUCAGCAUGCAUUUUUGUCCUCUCUAAACUCCAUCACUAGUACUAAUGUAAAGUGGAAUUAGUGUUUCAACUUCGUAUCUUUGCCAUAAUUUUUUUUAAAAAUAAUUAAGCAAUUCUUUCGUAGGCCAAAAGAAAAAUAAAAUGCUUCUGCCCCUUUACGAUAUGGAGCUCAAUUAAUUGAUUAUACAUGUAUUUCUCUUAAUUAGUUUAUUGAGAAUGAUAUGAAAUAAUUCCAUUUUCUGGUUUCUUA